AUGAGAGUCCCGAAGCCGGAGCCAAAAUCGAGAAAAUGGCCGAUGCUGACUCGGUUGUCUAAGCGGGCCGCAGAGACAGAGCCAGCCCCAGGGUCAGAGCCAGCCCCAGAGGCAAAGAAAGCCGCAGAGACAAAGCCUGCUCCAGAGCCAGCCUCAGAGGCAAAGAAAGCCGUAGAGAUAAAGCCAGCUCCAGAGCCAAAGCCGGACCGCGAACCAAUGCACGAGGAGGCCAAGAUGGAGAUCGAAUCCGUUCUGGAGUCCGACUCCAGCGAUGAGCAUGAGCCCUCCCCGAAAUCCUCUUCAGUGAAGAUCCCUAAACUGAUUCCGUUUUCUAAGCCGGCCCCAGAGACAAAGCAAGCCGCAGAACCAAAGAAAGCCGCAGAGACAAAGCCAGCUCCAGAGCCAAAUAAAGCUUCAGAGCCAAAGAAAGACGCAGAGCCAAAGAAAGCCUCAGAGCCCAAGCCGGCCCGCAAACCAAUGCACGCUUCAGCGCCCAAAGACGACAGCGAUUCAAGUGAUUCUGAUGAUUCCUCUGAUGUGGAACUUGUUUCGGACUCGCGGGUUCCGUUGGCUUACAUAGAUUUAACUUCGGACACGGAAGACGGUAAGAAGGCACUGUAA